AUGACCGAACUCUAUCGGCGUUUCAGUGAUGAGGUCGAGUUCUUCGUCGUCUACGUCCAGGAGGCCCAUCCCACCGAUGGGUGGCAGACGGACAGCAACAUCGAGGAAGGCGUGCUUUUCCGCCAGCACCGGAGCUAUACCGAACGUGAGUCAGCGGCCCAAUCUUGCAGUGUUGACCUGCACAUCGGACUGCCGGUGAUCGUUGAGGAAAUGGACAAUGCCAUUGACGAAGCCUACGGCGCUGCUCCAGAACGCCUGUACCUGGUGGACUUUGACGGCCGGGUGGCCUAUCACGGCGGAGCCGGGCCCCACUUUUUCGACCUGGACGAAUGGGAGCAGGCUAUCGAAGCCACAGUAGGGGUAUCGGCCAACCGGUAA